AUAAAGUAGGGCUUAUUCCGUGUACGGCCAGCAGAUUUGAUUUUCGACAUGAAUUUCCAAUUUAUGUCCGUUUGCACGGAAACAUUGAACGAAAUCUCACUGUGCUUCGACUUGUCAAACGACUGUCCAGAAAUCUUUGUUUAUUGUUUUGUUGCUCUUGCAAUCGAAAGUGAUCGGGAAAACAUGAAUUACGUUGAAAACUUACUAAUUUACGCAAGAAAUCUUUCACCUUUCUACAUCUUUAGCAUGGUGAUUUCUAUUUGUGUUGUACUGUUGACUGCCUAUUUUGGUUUUACGGGAUGUUCGGCCACACUUGACCGCGACGAGCAGCCGGAGAAAAACGAAAACAACCAUUCUUCAAAAUCGAAAGCCAACAAGCAGACCGAUGAUGCAGCGGACGAACCCGACAGCGAACUGGAGGAGGAAAAUGAAAGAACCCGAAGACUGCACAUCGAAUCCUUGGGACAACUGAAGUCUGCUAAACUUAAAUCGAUUGAAAAGUCUCUAACUGAAGAACAACGGCAAGCGGAAAAAGAAAUUGAACGAGCGCAGCUGGCUGCUAUAUUUGAGCUUUUGAAAAAGCAAGCCGAUAGUUCCAAUAUCAACGAGGACGAUUUGAAAGAGCAGCUUAGUUUGUAUCGCUAAAAUUAUCGACAUAGAUGCUUUGUGGAAACAUGUCGUAUGCUAGUCAAUUUUUAGAAUUUUACAUUACAUAAUUUAUACAUUGUGUGUCCAUCCGAUAAAGUAAAAUUUAAGAACGAGCAAGAUUUUAUGUUACAUGGGCCAUUAGGGAAACGGUAAACAAUCACAUCACCAUAUCGAAGCAGAUGCAUCAUUUGCACUCAUUGAACAUGCGCCAUGCCCACGAGUCAUCAAACACUAAAUGUAACUAAUU